AUGGAAAUCGCGAAGCUCACUCUGCUGCCUCCAUCGCCAGCAGAGUCAUCGUCGGAGAACGCUCUGACAGUCAAGAAUACUCGGACUCGAACCCGUGGACGCGCCAUACCGCGAAAAGGCCACACGAAAUCAAGAAAGGGAUGCCUCAACUGCAAGCGACGAAGAGUGAAAUGUCCAGAGACGUUUCCAGAGUGUGACAACUGCAAACGACUGGGUAUAACAUGCGAAUACUCGAGCAUGAUUCCCCCCAAGACUCUUCAAUCAACGCCGACUCAAUUCAGUAUGGAGGACUUGCGCUUCUUUCACCAUUUUCUGUCUCAUGCUUAUCCACCGCUACCUAUCAAGGGAGAUGAAAUUUGGAAGCAGGUUGCUACUAUUUCGCACAACUUCAACUUUUUGAUGCACGCAAUGCUUGGAUUGGCAGCUUCUCACUUGUCCCUGUGCGAUACCACCGAGUUCUCUUCUCAAGCGCUGACACAUCGUGUUCACGCCAUAAGACUCUUUAACCAGCGGUUGAGCAAACCAUGCGUGUCAAAAGCUGAAGCCGAUGCUCGAUAUGCCACCAUCAUGGCUCUUACCUUUCAAUCCUCAUAUAUGCCUGAGGGAAUGAUUGAGUUCAUGAUCAUGCUUCGUGGCUGCACGGUAGUUUCUCAUACUGUGAUACCAGUAUUGGAGGAAUCACUCUUUUCUGGCUUCACAGCCGAGAGUCAUGCUGAGAGGGUCCUUUCUCUUCAACAAUAUGAUCCUGUUGAUGAACUACUUGGCGAUGUUUUGGAUGCCGCUCUCACAUCAGUCAACAACUUGAGACCAAUAUGUAAUAGCGUAUUGGAAGUCAGAUUUCUGAGUGUUCUUGGCAGGAUCUUGAAGGUAUCAAAAACGUCACCUGUCGAAGGCUUCACAGAAAUCUGCUCGGCUUAUAUGAUCUUUGGCGAAACAAGCGAGGUCGAGUUUAAUCACUUCACUGAGCGAUCGAACUAUGCCGCCCAAAUCAUCAUGGCUCAUUUCUUUGUUAUCGAGUACAUCCUCGCAGCCAUCGCUCUGAAGCCAAUAAUCGACUCGUUUCCUUUCAGGAGGGUUAUUAUUGCAAACUGGACAAAGGAGAUCUCUAAAAAGCUACCAUCUGGCUACGAAGAGUAUAUUCUUUGGCCUCUGGAGUUUGCAGAGUUGUGUCACCGAGAACAUGGACACUGACUUAAAUUUCCAGUAGAAAUUACUCAAUAUAUAUCUUGCAUGGU